AUGGCGGAAUGUAUGAAAACUCUUGUGUGUUGUGUUUUUGUUCUUCUCUUAAGCUCUUUUGUUUUCGUGAACGAGGCGUGGCUUCACGAUGAAAAACAUCGUCAUGCUAUACCAAUUAACAUGAUUUCAAAUGAGCUACUCAAUGAAGGGCAAAAGGCAAGUGUCCCAAGUCGUGGUGGAGCUGGGCAUGGUCCUCUUCCGUCGCCUGCUGGGUUGAUCAAGAAUGAAGGGAGAAAGGCAAGUGUCCCAAGUCCUGGAGCUGGGCAUGGUUCUCCUCCAUCGCCUGCUAGGUUGAUCAAGAAUGAAGGGAGAAAGGCAAGUGUCCCAAGUCCUGGAGCUGGGCAUGGUUCUCCUCCAUCGCCUGCUAGGUUGAUCAAGAAUGAAGGGAGAAAGGCAAGUGUCCCAAGUCCUGGAGCUGGGCAUGGUUCUCCUCCAUCGCCUGCUAGGUUGAUCAAGAAUGAAGGGAGAAAGGCAAGUGUCCCAAGUCCUGGAGCUGGGCAUGGUUCUCCUCCAUCGCCUGCUAGGUUGAUCAAGAAUGAAGGGAGAAAGGCAAGUGUCCCAAGUCCUGGAGCUGGGCAUGGAUCUCCUCCUUCGCCUGCUAGGUUGAUCAAGUAUGAAGGGAGAAAGGAAAGUGGUCCAAGUCGUGGUGGAGAUGGGCAUGGUGCUCCUCCAUCGCCUGCUAGGUUGAUCAAGAAAUUUGUCGGAGUCCUGGUCACAAAUGUUUGA